CUGAUUCAUCAUCACAUACUGGCUUAGGAAGAAGGAGAGAGAGGAAAGGAGUGUGUUCAUACAUCUGAAAUGGCCACUGAGCUGCGCUCUGGGGUGAAAUAUGGCUCGGUUAUGUCUCUUGUAGUGGUGCUGGUGGCGUAUUGGUUCCGAUCCCCGGACAGUUCGGUUCUGGACGAGAGACUGGACACGGUUCUGUCUUCACUACUGCGAGCCGAGAGGAAAGGAGGCAUGAAAAGCGUGUCCAGACCGCGAGUGGCUGUCGGUUUUGGUGGUUGUGUGGAUAUCAUAGUGGAUGGAGUGGCUCUGCUAAAUAAAAUCGGUGUGAAGCCAACAGACCAGCCCCUCCACCACGACUACAUAGAGAAUGCAGAGCAGCUGGCCCAGAGUUUCGCAUAUUUUUUCUCCCCUGGAGCUGCUUCAGAGAGGUUUGUGAUGAAUGACACUCUCUUCAGUGAACUGGUAGAAGCUUCUCGAGAAUUGCCAGGAAACAGGUGGUCUAUAGGAGGAAAUGCACCUGUCAUGGCCAGCAGGAUGGCACUGGAAGGGUGUGAUGUGCUUUUAGGGGGAAGUUUCAGCACAGAUUUCAUCGACAUUCUGUCUCAGCGCAUCAUGGUGGCAGGAAACAUUGUGGAAGAGCCAGACAUCCAUCUGAUAAUGGAGUACCCUACAGGUGCCACGUGGGGGCCGUACUCCUCCCGAAGGGCCAACAGGUAUAUUGUCCACAGCGAUGAUCACAAUCCGUACCUGGACUCCAUAGAGCAAUUUCAAGAGAAGCUGAAGGGAUAUAUGCCAGAUCUUUUAGUAGUUGGAGGGUUACAGAUGAUGGACAGCUUCCCUUUCAGACAAGGAGAACGUGGGUCUUUGUUGGGAAAGCUGGCACAGAUGCUGUCCUCCGCGUCCCUGCAGACCGCCGUCCAUUUCGAGAUGGCUAGCUUUGUUGACGAAGGUCUGAUGUCUGAUCUACUCGAGUUUGUUCUUCCACAUGCCGACUCUUUGGGCAUGAACGAGCAAGAGUUGCCCAAUCUCCUGAGCCUUUUCCGCGGCAGCAACUUGACCGUGCUGUCCGACCCCAACCCUCGUGUAGCUACUGUGCUGGACCAGAUGCGAGAACUCUACCGCCUGGUUAACCAGCACCACCAGGAGGCCGGGACGGGUCGACAGCUCACCCGCCUCCACGUCCACACGCUGGCUUUCCAGGCCAUCAUAGUCAAGCGCGGCUCCCAGUGGAAGAACACCAUGUCGGCGACAGCCAAAGCCUCUCUAACAGCCAACCGCCAUGUUUGUGGCUCGCCAGACAUUGACCUCAGUAAAGCGCGGUUGAUCAUGGACGAAUCUUUCUCAGUGAGCAGGCGAGAAGGCAGCCAGAGGAUUCCACUUAAGGAAUCUCGACCCGUAUCCUGUUGGGAUGAGGAAGACUAUGAGAUUUGCGUGGCUCCUGUGCUGGUGUGCACUGAGGUGUACCAGACUGCCGGAGGAGGGGACAACAUUUCCGCCGCUGGGCUCGUACUGCAGAUUUAAAUGCGAGAGCGUGUUCGAACAAUGCAGACAUUGAUUAGAUAUUCUUCGUCCCACAUGCAUUGAUUUUAUUUUGUAAUUUUUUUUUUAUUUUAUUGAAUUGUUUUAUUUUUUGUGGCUAAGACAUAGAGACACAUCAUGUGCAAUAUAAACAUUGGGUCCAGAUGAUAUACAGUUGGGUGAAUCUUACGAAACCAGACAAGAUCAAGACCGCAAUAUCAAAACAAAAAGCAAAAAAUAAGAAAUUCUAUUUUGCAGAAAGAAAAUUGUUUGCAUUGUGACAUUAUUUUGUAAUGACAAUUAAGCAAAUUUGCCCUCCAGUUCUCAAUAACGUAAUGUGAAAUCUAAUUUUCUUUACUGUAAUUUAUUAAAAAAUAACAAUAUAUUAAUUUAUAAAGUAUUUAUACAUUGUGGUAGUAUUUGUUGUACUGAAGUAUUGCAGUAAUGAGAUGAGAAUCACCAUUGACUAUAAUGGAAAUUACAAAAUAAUGCAUUUACGGUAAAGUGAUUUUGGGGGGAAAAUAUGCCUAAUUGUCAUAAAAAUAUUGUAAUUGUCAAUAAUUAUGAUUAUCAGCUAUCAAUAAUUGAUGUAAAAUGUCACAGUGAAAAUAAUUGUAAUGGUCCUAGAAAUAGGAUACCCAGUUAUCCUACCUGUAGGUCAUAGUUUUCUGUUUAUAUAACGUCUUAAACAUCACUUUUGUGUCUUAAAAUGUUUUCAAAUUUAUUCACUUCACACACAUUAUCCAAUCAGAGGCCAGUAAUUUGUGAGCACCCAUCAUUAUAUUAUGGCUGAAAUCAAUUAAUGUAAUGCACAAUAUGCUCAAAAAAGUAGUUUUAAUAUUUCCUAACAACAACAACAACAACAAAAUAAUAAAAAUUUCAAAUUUUUGUUAAAUUUUGUUAAAAAUUACACAAUUCAGCUUGAAGGAAUUUGUUAUGAAAUUGAAAUGUGUAAAUCUUAAAAUUAGGCUAAUAUAUACUGUAUAUAUAUAUAUAUAUAUAUAUAUAUAUAUAUAUAUAUAUAUAUAUAUAUAAAUAAUAUUUUUUAUUUAUUUAUUUUUUGACUGAAAGCCCUGUGUGUAUCACAAGUGAAAAGGCACGAGAGUUUAGCCUGACUUCAGCCUAUUUUGGUACAACAUCACAACAUAUUCUAUUUCACACUGCUUUAUCCUCAUUGAUUAGAUAUUAUUUCUGCCUCAUUUAAUGCUCCGCCUACUCAAAUCAUGUGAUUUUAUUUGUCUUAAAGCAGCCAUGUCCCAUUUUCUCCUAUUUUCAAUUUCUAACUUCUUCAUAUUCCGCUUUAACAAGGGACAGAACAAUAACAAAUCCCAAACAUGGAAACAAGUCUGUCUUCCGCUCUUAUUUCCUCACACAUUAUCAUGACUUUUAUUUAUCAUGUCUUUGACUGUUUGGAAUAGUAUGCUACCAUACAACUCUUACUAUUGCUGCAGAACACAGUAAAUGUACUGUGCACUCCCGGAUGGCCUGUGACCUUGUUUGAUCUGACUGCAAAGAGUUAAGACUUUUCAACACAAAAUUGGAUUAAAAAGAAAAAGAACUGUUUUUAUUUUCUAGAUGAUAGGAUACAACUCAAAGUUUAACUGAAUUAAACAUGCAACGUGAUGAUGAGGAAAGUGAAAACAAUGUAGCUUUCUACAAUUUGAAAUGUUUAUGAUAGAGUAAUGCCUAUUGGUUCGCUUACUAUUUUAUAAAAUAGUUGGCAGUCUACAUUAUGUAGUAAACUAGUAUUCCAUUCCAAACGUUUAUCGCAUUUUAACACAAUGGCUGAAUGCUACAACAUGCCUCUUUUACUGUUAAGUCAGGAACAUGGCUUGAUUUUAACUCCGAGUUGGUAAAGGGAAAUGUUUUAAGGACAGGAACAUUAGAGUAGACCGAUAUUUGUUAGAAAUAUUUGUUCUCUUUUAUGGAAGGUGACACAACAUGAACUAUUCUUAAAAUGGAUGUAAUAUGAAACCAAAGCCACUUAUUUCCUUGCGAACAUGUACAAUUUUCAAUGUUUCAAAAACUACUUGCAUUUACAUAUUUGUAGGAGGAGGAUUUGAAGAACUUGGUAUAGAAAUAUACAGAUACAGAAAUAUCCAAGCAAAUCUGGGCCCUGGCUUCCGCUCUGCAUAGUUGCAUCUUCCACACCCUGAGUGCAAGUUGUUACCUACCUCCUGUGCCUAUGAUAAUAUAUACAGCUUUAACGAUGUCUAUCAUGACUGAAUUAUAAUGUAUACCUGCAUUUCUUUAUAUAAGGGGUACAUUAGAGCGCUUGUCUAUUGUAACUCUAUUUUCAAAAGGAGAUAAAGAUGUCCCACCCUGCCAGAUCAGAAUGAGUGCACUUAAACACUCACCAGCUGAUACAUGAAAUAUGUCUCAGGGAUUUCAGUAGCCUGGAUAGCCUAUGAUCCACAACACUUGAGUUGUAAAGAGUUUUGCUGGUGUGAUGAGAAUGUUUAUCCUGGAUGAGAUCUGAGCCUGUAACAUACAAAACCAAAUACUGGUCCAGUGAAGGAUUUGAAAAAUCUUUAGUGUGAACAAUAGUGAAUGUGAUUAAUUAGUGUAAUCAUACAUUAAUAAUACAAAUGUGAGUUUAAAUGAAUGAAAAAUAAGGAUUUACUCAUGCUGUAGCAUUUGAAUGGUUAUUCUUAUUGUGCUGUAUUAGCUGGAAUUGACAGUUUUGAUGAACUGCCUGGCUUUCUUUUUUUCUUGGGCCAUGCGUAGUCUGUCAACAACACCUGUUUUGAAGGACAAAUAAAUCUAGUUUCUGAUUGACUUUUUUGGUCAUGUAUGUAAUAAAAUAUUACAUUCCUUUUAUUGUA